UACAGGAAGAGUGGUGAGAGAACAACUGCACUCUUAUCAUUCUUACAAAACAGUUUGGAGAGAAAAGUGACUCAACUCACAAUCUUAAACCAGCAAAGAAAAUGGCUGAGGAGCAACAAUGUUUGAGAGACCUUGAGGGUGAAAUCGGGGAACAGGAAGGUGCCGAAGGAGAGACCCAAAGGCUGACAGCUCAAUGGAGUGUGGAGGAUGAGGAGGAAGCUGCAAGGGAGCGACGUCGAAGGGAACGUGAAAGACAGCUGAGGUCCCAGGCAGAAGAAGGACUCAACUGCACCUCUGAAGUGGCAGUGCAAGAAAGCAAGAUUGAUGGGAAGCCUUCUAGAACCUCAGAACUGGAAGAAGAUGAAGGCUUUAGUGACUGGUCCCAAAAACUUGAACAGCGCAAGCAGCGAUGGGGAGGAGAGGGAGUGCAAGAAGGGGACCAAAUUCACCAAGGGGAAUGCAGAGAAGCUCAACAAGCAGAACCUAUACAGGGUGAAGAAAGGUCACCAAGGCACUCCUACGAGGAAGAAGACUGCAAUCUGAAGGAAACAAAAGGAAUGAUGGAGCAAGUCCAUCUGGAUGGGGAGUCUCCCACCUUCAUCCGAUUUGAAACCGGACCAUCCAAUUUCCUCAAGUUUGUUUCUACUUCAACUUCAGAAGAUCAGCCUGAAGCAGAGCUGGAGCAACAGCAGCAGAUUAGGGAAACCUUGGAGCUUGGAGAAGGGAAUCAGUAUGCUGAGGACCAGCUCCAAGAAGAGAACAUUACAGAAGAGAAUAAGCCCAAGGAAGAGGAAGAAAACCAAAAGGACAAGAAAAUAUGCCAAUAUGAGCAAGAAGAGGUCCCAGAAAAACAAAGGAUCCCAAGUAAUUCCAGUCAGGAAGAGGAAUAUCAAGGUCCUUUAAGCCCAACAUUAAAGAUCACUGACAGAACUGAAUCCCUGAACCGAUCUGUGCAGAAAAGUAACAGUAUGAAGAAGACCCAGGCGCCACUUCCAGUUUCCAAGAUUGAUGAUAAGCUUGAGCAAUACACUCAUGCACUUGAGAUCUCCAGCAAAACUCCAAAGCCAGCACGCCAACUUUCCAUUGACCUUCCUACCAAUACUGCAGCAGUGGCCAGCACAAAAAACCUUUGGGAGACUGGGGAAGUGUCUCAGUCUUCUACAAAAUCAAUGCCCUGCAAGGACAUUGUGGCUGGAGACAUUGUGAAUAUUAGAAGCCUUUGGGAACACAAGGAGAGCUCCCAAACAGAUGCAAAUUCGAAGGUCAGGAUUCCUGGCAAGAAAUAUAAGUAUGUGGCAAUUGGACAUGGACAGUACAAAAGGGUGCCAAUAGAAGAUGAUGGGGUGACGGAAAAAUAGCUGUCCUGUGUACCAAACUCACAGGUAAAGCCCAGCUUGGAAACCCGAGACAAUACUUCAUGCAACUCUGAUAUUUCCCUGGCUAUAAGGGAAAUACAGUGAAAGGAUUUCUUCCCUCCUAGCUCAAACUGGCACUCUGCUUUAAAAUCAGCUAUUGAUUUCUUCACAUAUGGAAGCAUUUCUCCAAACUGACUUCAUUGGAACUUGUACUUGGCAUCAACUCAAGAAGCAAUAAUAAAUUUGAAACCCUUUCUAGAUCAGAUUUUUAUUUUGAGAAGUUAAAAAUGUGUGCUAUAUUGAGUUUUUCUCGGGUUUUUUUUUAACCGAAUUCCUAGCUUUGACUAGGAGAAAAAGGUAAAACUCUCACCCCACUCCUUUAUCUCUCUCUUUACACCCUUGGUAAGGAGGGAGGAAUCUUCAGCUCAAGAUAGCUAGUAUAGAUUUCUGAGAUCUGAGAAUGUAAAU